AUGCGGCAGACACCACGGGCGACUUCGGCUCGGGAGAGCUCCAAGUGCUGGAUGAAACUGUGCCCGUGGACAACGGCGGUGGAGCUGACGCCAUGGAAGACGGCAACGAGGCUGAUGUGGCUUUGGACGACGCUGGCCGUGAUCAAGAGGCGGCAUCAAGCGUGGACGAGGAGACCAAGACGAAGGACCAAGACCAACCACCUCCUCGCACUCCGCGUCGUCCGGUCCCUAGGGUGGGUGCGCUUCCCGAGAUUGCCAUAG